UAGAAAAUGAAGAAUUAUAUUACCAAAAAAGAGAUUCCCUAUCAGUGGCUAUAGUUGGAGGUGGUUGUGCUACAAUGUAUUCAGCAAUUUUAUUAAAACAAAAUCCAGCAAUAAAAGUAAUCCAUGUCAUUGAUACAGACAAUUCACUUACUGGUCCUAUUUAUGACAUAGGACAAAUAGAUACUUCAACUGUAAUAAUGCAUUAUAAAAGGAAUUCGAUAAUCAAUGCAUUACAUGAUAUUGAUAUUGUUGCACUUAUGGAUGAAACACAUUUUUCAAUGGGAAAUAAAGAACCAUUUUACCAAUUUGAAUCGAGUUCAAAUUACGUAAAAAAUAUUACUGAAUGUAUUAUAAAUACAUGUCCUAAAGCAUUAAUUGCUGUCUUUACACGUCCUGUAACAGCUACUUUACCUCUUAUAUCAGAAAUUUGUAAACUUUCUGGUACCUGGAAUCCAAAUAAAAUUAUUGGGUCUGCAUCAUUAGAAUCGAUGCGAAUUUCUGCUAUGGAACAACAAUAUAUGCUAAUAAAUCAAUUAAGAUCUGUUGAUAAAUAUCUAUACGGAAGUGAAACUAAGGGUCCAACUUUAUCCAGUGGAUUAGCUGCUGCAAAAUUUAUAUCAACUUUGAUUAAUGGAUUUAAAGAUCAAAGUAUUUCAAUUGGAAGUGCUUAUGUAAGAUCAGAUAUUUUCCCAUUUUGUCAUUAUAUGACAAGUCAAAUACAAUUUGGACCUAAUGGUAUUCAACGAAAUUUUGGUUUCCCAAAAGUAUCUUCAAGUGAAAUUUUAUUAAUUGAAGAAGCUGCUGUA